CAGCACGCCCCGGAUGUUGAUCAGUCGUUGUCACGAAGCAGGAAUCCUCUUGUGUGCAAGGCGGGCUGCUGACAUUUUAACAUGUUUUUAUCGCUAUGUUUCUAGGUCUUCUUUUAGGGGUGGUGCAUUUAAACUGUUUUCAUCUGUUGCAAUUUGGACUUCAAAGAAAAGAGACUUUUUGAGGCCGGAAUUAUUCCCACAAAGAACCAGGAGAGCAACAGGAAGAAGAAGAAGAAGCAGUUUUUAAAAAAAAUGAAAUACCUGAAGGGGAAAGGGUGUUUUAAUGAUAACUCUCAUCAGAGGAGAAACCAUGAACACAACCAAGCUUCAAAACAGAAUGGACCUUUCACUAGAGCUGCACCAUCUCACAUGACAACAAAACGCCAAAGUUCACCUCAGUCUAACCCUUCUUCCAGUGGCGUUGACCGUAGUGUUGACCUUAGCUCUGGGCCUUCAACCUCCUCUUUUAACCCUCUAUCAAUUACUUUCACUGUGACAAAUAAAAAUAGCCUUACAAAGCCAAACCAACCAGUCAACACCAAAACAACAGCAACAUUGUCCUUCGCCUCCAAACCCAGUGCUCAUAAGCUCUCCACCCCCAUAGGGAACCCCACAAAGUACCUCGCCAUUGACUGUGAGAUGGUGGGAGCAGGACCCAAAGGCAGCAUCAGUCAGCUGGCUCGCUGUAGCAUCGUCUCGUACGACGGGGAUGUGGUCUAUGACAAGUUCAUCAAGCCCUCCAUGUACGUAACAGACUUCCGCACAAGAUGGAGCGGUAUUCGUCCCAAAGAUCUCUUCAAAGCCACACCAUUUGUACAGGCCAGGAAGGAGAUCCUAAGGCUGCUCAUGGGGAAGAUUGUUAUUGGCCACGCCAUACAUAACGACUUCAAGGCUCUUGGUUACACUCAUCCUGCUGACUUGACGAGGGACACGUCGAAAAUCCCUCUUCUCAACUUGAAGGCUGGUUUCGGGGAGAAAGAGUGCGCCUCACUGAAGAGACUCACCAAAGCCAUCUUCAACCGUGACAUCCAGACUGGAAAGAAGGGCCACUCUUCUGUGGAAGAUGCUAAAGCUACGAUGGAGCUUUACAAGGUGGUAGAAGAGGAAUGGGAGAGGACUCUCGCCUCCACAUCUUGACUCACGUAGUUCUAUACUUGAAAGUGCAGAAAUAAACCCAGCUCAACCGCCUUUAAAUUUAAA